AUGUCCCCGUGCCAUGUGAUUCUACCCAUUGUUCUCUGGGUGUGUACAACAACACUGACCCUGGCUCAGAGCACUCCUCAAGACUUUGUUGAGGUGCACAACCAGGCUCGAGCCGAGCUUGGCGUUGGUCCAAUCUCUUGGAACCACACCCUUCAAGCCUAUGCUCAAAAGUAUGCCAAUGAGAGGAUCCCUGACUGCAACCUUGAGCACUCUAUGGGACCCUAUGGCGAGAAUCUGGCAGAAGGGUACGGCGAAAUGAAGGGUUCUGAUGCUGUCAAGUUCUGGCUCACUGAGAAGCCUUGCUAUGACUACAAAUCCAAUUCUUGUGUUCAUGAUGAGUGCGGCCAUUAUACUCAGAUUGUGUGGCGCAAUUCUGUUCAUCUAGGGUGUGCCAGAGCCAAGUGUAACAAUGGUUGGAUGUUUGUCAUUUGCAGCUAUUCUCCACCAGGGAACAUCGAAGGAGAACGACCUUAUUGA